UGCCUUGGGAGAAGUAACACGGGGCCACACAACUGCAGGUCUACAUCACUGAAACCACGUACAGCUCUUAACAGAGGCUCGAUCUGGCGCUCCAGUUGUCUUUGGAUAUACUGCUGAAACAAAGGAAACUGAGACCAUUCGUCCCAUCCGGCUUGAGGUCAGUGAUGGUCCGUGCUGGUUAGACUCUGCUUCCGAAGAUGUCAGCUUCAGAUUCUGACUAUUCCAUUGACUGGCUGGCCAGUGAUGAUGAAGAGAAUGAUAGCGAGUUAGAGCCAGACUGUACGAAAACACAGGGGAAAACGACACUGCGCAGAACCCCCUCUUCGGAGGUUAUCCAGGUGACCCAGACAUGCCAGUCGCGAAAUGGAGAUAAAGGGGAGGUGAACGACAAAGAAAACAUGAGCUCCCCUGGAAGUUCUCCUUCGAGGUGCGACAGUUCCGAGUAUGGCAUCGAUGGGGGGCUUUCUCACGUGGGACGAGGGGAUCGGUCCAAUUACAGCCAGUGCCCCGAGAGCCCUAAAGGCAAAACGCUUAAAAGGAUGUGGAGCUCUGUGGUGCUGGAGCAAAGGGAGAGGCAGCUCACACCUGAACAAAUGGAGAAAGACAGACUGUUCGCGUACAAGUGCUUGGAGCUGCAGUGUUACAUUCAUCCUCUAUCCUCAAUCCUUAAUGGCCUCCGGUCAGGCAGAUACAGAGAACGGCUUAGCACUUUCCAAGAGAGCGUGGCCAUGGACCGCAUCCAGAGGAUAAUGGGGGUCCUGCAGAAUCCAUGCAUGGGAGAGCGAUAUGUCAACAUCAUCCUGAAAAUGGAGGAGAUGUUGAAAAACUGGUUUCCACACAUAAAACCCCAACGAAACAACCAAGCCGAUACCACAGAGCUGAUGGAAGAGACAACCGUUUCUAAGAAACUCAAGUUGUUGCCAUCUGCAUCCCCCCUGCUUACCGGCAACCCCGCAACCACAAGUGCCCCUUCCAUGGGUAACAAGACAUUGAGAGUCAGCGACCUGACCCCACCCGGCCCCUACUCUGCAAUCAACCUAAAAUGGCUCCACACAUCACCCAUCUGCUCUGCGACAGGCGAACAAGCUCAGGGGACAGUCCGGAACUAUUUAACAGCCCACAGGGAGAAGAACGCGACGCAAGACAACUCUGUGUCCUCCAGCACGGACCGGAUGUGCACCAAGACAGACUCUACUCCCAACAGACCACCACCGGGCAAGAUUAACGCCCCUUGCCUUGAGAGACUUCUUAAAUCCACAGAGAGCAUCAUAACCCAGAAAGGCUCAGCGGGUACGGGAGGCGGCGGCUGGUCCUAGUCCCACGAAAGGGCUCUGGGAAGAGCCUUGGAAGUGCGUGAGUGCCACCAACUGGCCUGGAGUCACCUGUCUCCAGCACUCCGUUCUAGCCUUGGGGAGAGGCACAGACCACAGCAAAGGGAGUUCAGAACUUCAGAGCGACAUGUUCAGUUUUGUUGUCGGAGUGCGAUCUUUGUGCGUGUGUCAGCAACUGAUGUGUUCGCAUCUGCAUAUGUUCCGUUCUGUUGGACAGCAGAGUCGUAGCUUUGUUUGUGAGAUGGGAGGGGCUGGGAAGGUUCUAUGAUCUUGUACUUUAGAGAUGGUUUCCUUUGGAGACAAACCUAAAGGAUAAACCUCCUGGAUCCAACGAGGCAGUGUUUCAUCUGUGAAAAGCAUAUCACUUGACAAAACAAAGCAGCCUUUUUUAUAGGAAGGGAAAAGAGGGAGGAAUUUAUUCUGGGAACACUUCAGAUAUUCCACAUGUUAAUGAUCUUUAUUGUAGGUGUGGUUGAAUGUGAAUUUUCUUUAGUUUCCUCUUUGAAUCCACUCCAGAGAGUUGAUUGAUGUGACUGUUACUUCAUAGGUUUAGACAUCUAGCUACGUUUUGGUACAACGGUUCUACCUCAAUCUGACACGGCGUCUCCAGAAGUGUACAGAGAUUGUAAGAACAGAUGUACGCUUGCGUUGACUCAGAGCGAGGAAGCCUCAAAAAGUGCAUCAACGCAGUGAGCCAAACUUUCCCGUCGCGACGGGAUGUAAGCCGUUCGGUUCAGACUACAACAGGAGGCUCCUUUCACAGGAAGUGCUCCAGAGGUUUGACUGGUGCCAUUGUAAAGAAUGUGAACUGAACUGUUUUUCUUUUUAAAGCCUCCCAGUUCAAGGGCAUACAGUGCCUGACAAUUCGAUGUCAAUCUGUGCCUCUUCGCUGGUUUUGAAGGGAAAGUGAGACCAACCAGAAUAUCUGACGCCUUUGAAGGAUGUACAAAGAAAAUCAGGAACCUUCAAAACUCCUGCCAUUCUUUUUUUUGCUAUCAAAUAAAUUAUUGAAACUCUUGCCAACUACUUCCUGUGGUCAUGUGAGACGAUGAUGUUUUGGUUUGCCACAUAGCUGGACAACAUCUAAGAGGGAAAAGGUAUUAGCUGUGUACAUAUUUGGAAAAGAAGUUGUUAAAUUACCCCUGCAAAGUGGCCUUUAUAGUGUAAUAUUUUAUACUUUCAGAAAUAAAUGUGGUUAUAUUUGUUUGCCGUA